AAAGCUGGGUUAGAUAACCCAGAGUUGGUGGGAAUUCUGAUUUCAGAUCUGAAAGCUUUAGAAGAAAGUUCAGUACAAUUAUCUUUGUCUUUAAUUUGAUGAUCAGGCCUUCGAACUACUGAACCGAGGUGCAGAAUGUCCGAAGACUUUGCGAGUCGUACCGUACAAACUUUCCGAGCAUGUUUCCGAGUGUCCCCUGGCAAUUCUCUCCCAGGCCGCUCACCAACCUGUUUCAACAUGGCCGGCAGUAGUACGUCGUCUAAAGUUGCAUAAUCAUUUCGAACUGGUGGCUCAACCCAUCAAUUUCACGGGAGUGUAAUCGGCGAAAUUUUACGUGAAGGUUGAAGACCAAUUUCAUCGAAGAUGAAGCUGCUACGUGUGUGUGUUAUCGGCGCUGGAGGCGCAGGUCUGGCGGUUGCUCGUCAUCUUACAAGUCAGGUGGAUAUUUUCGACGUGUCUGUGUUCGAACAAGCUUCUUCCUUAGGAGGAACAUGGGUUUUCAAUGAAAACACUGGUAUAGACGAACGCGGUCUACCCAUUUACUCGAGUAUGUACAGGAGCCUCAGGACUAAUCUUCCAAAAGAAGUCAUGGCCUUUCCUGAUUUUCCUUUUCCCUCAGAAUGGAGAUCUUUCAUAAGUCAUGAACAAGUUCUCAAAUACCUUGAAGAGUAUGCCAGUCAUUUCAAUUUAAACAAAUAUAUAAGUUUAAACUCUACUAUCACCGGUGUACAUCCAAUCACAAAUGGAGACAGUCACAAUCCUAAGUGGGAAGUUGUCAUAACAAAUGCAAAUACUAAAGAAUCCAAGAGUCGUAUAUUUGAAGCUGUGGUGGUGUGUUCUGGGCAUUUUUUUGAUCCUCUUAUACCAAGUAUUCCUGGACUGGAGUAUUUUGGUGGACUGGUGAUGCACAGUCAUGAUUAUCGUGAUCCUCAUCCCUUCCAAGGCAAACUUGUCAUUGUUCUUGGUGCUGCAGCUUCGGGUCAAGACAUUUGUCUGGAAAUUGCAAAGAAGGCAGAAAGAGUGUAUCUCAGUCAUAAAGGAAAUCUUCCUUGUAAACUACCAGACAAUGUGCAAGAAUGUAGAUCAAUGUCAUUUGUAUCUUCGGAUGGGGUGGUUCAUUUGGAUGAUGGAGAACAGAAAGAGGUGGAUGCUAUUUUAUUCUGUACUGGUUACAACUUCUCAUUUCCAUUCCUCCAGAGUGACUGUGGAGUUGAAGUGAGUGACAACAGAGUCACACAUCUGUACAAACACCUUUUCAGUUCAAAGUAUCCUACGUUGUCAUUUGUUGGGCUCUGCCUGAAGAUUUGCCCAUUUCCAGUGUUCAGCUUUCAGGCUCAAUGCAUCGCAGCUGUUUUGAGUGGAAAAGCUAAACUGCCAUCUGAAGAGGAAAUGAAUGCUGAAGAAGAAAAUGAGUUCAAAGAUAAACUUCCCUCUGGUUUGAGUAAGAAAUAUGCUCACCUUCUGGGAGAGAAACAGUGGGACUAUAUGAGAUGCCUUGCACAGCUUGCUGGGGUGCAACCACUGAGUGAAGCAUACGAGGAUCUUUAUAAGUACAUUAGUAAAAGGAGAAAAGAGUUCUUAAUGGAUUAUAAAAAUGAUGAGUAUGAGCUCACUUCUAAUGGCAAAUGGAUAAAAACAUAGAUGUGUGAACACCAGUGAUAAACAUGUACACCAAUACUGCAAAGCUUGUAUUUUUUUUUGGGGGGGGGUGCUACUUUUAGGACCUCUUGACAGGGUGCUCAUUACAAAGUGGAGUUAAUGAAACUUUAUAGAGAGAGUAUUAUGUUGUUAUUCUUCUGAAUAAUGGCCCAGAUUAAUAAUUUGUUUCUUUGCAGUAUGCAUUUUUUUGGCUAAAACCCUUCAUAUUUUCAAGCACAGAGACAUUUUUGGUUCAGAGUUACCUCGCCUAAAUUCUUUACAAUGAAACUAUUUUUUUACAGGUAUUGAUUAAAGAGAAGGUUGGGCUUUG